AAAAGAUAUUUUAAUGAAAAGUGCUAUUCUAUAGUUUUAAUUAAUAUUUGAUCACAAGAUAUACCUACUCGUUAAUAUAAAAUGAAAAUUCUAAUUUUAUUCUUAAUCAUUCUUUCUAUGUUUUACCUUGCGUCCUGUGAUGAGCGCAUGGUGAAUGGAAACGAAGUAGACAUUUCAACAUUUUAUUGGCAAUUGUCCUUUUCAAGUAAUUUUCAACAUUUUUGCGGUGCAGCAAUGAUCAGUAAGCGAUGGGCAAUAACAACCGCUUUUUGUGCUAAAAAAACGUCUAUCCAUGCAGCUAGAGUACGUGCUGGAACCAGCAAAUAUAAUAGUGGUGGUACUCAUUACGGUGUGGAAUGGCUCGUCCCUCAUCCUCGUUAUGAUAGCCGCGAUCAAAAUUACAAUGUAGGUUUAAUUAUGAUAACAAAGGAUUUCAAUGAAACUAGAAGAAGCCGACCUGCCAAGCUCGUAGAGGCAAAUGUCGACUUGCCUGUAGGCUCCUUUGUCACAGCUACUGGAUGGGGAUCUGAAACGAUACCAGGAGCACCUAUGUCAGAAAAUCUUAGAGCAAUAUCUUUGCACGUCAUUGAUAAUCAAGAAUGUCUUGAAAAAAAUCAAGAGUUGAUUGAUGUCACAGACAAAAUGUUUUGUGCUGGAUCAAUAGAAGAUAAAGGAAAAUCAGUUUGUACAGGUGAUUUUGGUGGACCCGUCGUUGACGAAAAUGGGGUUUUAGUAGGCUUGACAGCUUUUUCAACUAGAAAUUGCACAAGUUUUCCAUAUCCAAAUGUAUUUACAAGACUAGCUGAUCCAGAAAUAAGAGAAUUUGUGAAGAAACAUACUGGUAUUUAGUAACCGAUAUCAAACUAUGCAAAGUAAUAUAACAUGUUGAUCUACAAUAAUUAUUAAAACUA